GGGAGCCGUUUGGGAGAGCGGCGGCGUUUUCGUUUAGAGACGAGUCCGAAAAAGGGAACGCAAGAAAAACAUGAUUUCGUCACGUCAUUGGAGAAAGUUUGAUCCCGAAUGGACAGCCAAAUAUUUGGAUUAAGUACUGAAUCAGAAAGACGGUGAUUGCAAGCUACUGUAGCGGAAGGAGAGGUACGUCAGAUCGUAUACAGCCGGCGUCUCCCGUCAAGCUCAGGAACGAGUACGGAUUGUUUAGUGUUUCCUCUCCAAGGGUCGGAAUACUAGCACUACUCGCCUUGUGUUUCUUUUCUUUUUUGUUAUCUGGGACUAGUUUUAAAGUGGACUCUACAGUGAGUCGUGCUUGACCAGAUCCAAGUGGAGUGGACUUCGGAGGAUGCAAGCAGUUUGGAGUGAGGGGGUCUUCAGCGAAGGAGUUCUCUUUCCCUUUGCUUAAAAGCCUUGGAUUUACGCGGUGUUUUGUUGUGGAACAGUAACGUUGAGCUGCCACAGCGCAGCUCUACUGUGGAUAUAGUUGAAGGAAUAUUCUGUGAAAGCCCCGUUUGAAGUCGACGCCGUGCAUCAGGACAGUUUACUGACAGCUUAUCAGUGUGUGGAAAUUCUCUAUAACCAUGUGGGAGUGCGCUUUUAUCCGAGCUGUUUGGAGGAAGAAGAUAUAUUAAUUAAAAUAGACUAGACCUAAAAAUGAAUCAUUGCGUGUAGUAAUUUAAGUCCUAACCCAGCUGUACUGUCGCCAGUGCAGUGUUCCCCAGAAAGUAUCCGUAAUUGGAACUAUUUUUAGUGAGAGGCAUGGGGUAAAGGCAGGCAGAUGGAACCCUAUCUCCCGGUUACUUCCUCUGUUUUAUCCCUUCCAUCACUCCUGGCUCUGCCCAAUAGGCAGUAUGCAGGCUGAGGCUGGCUCCCCCUCACCUCUGGUAGGGUUGUGGAAACCAUGAUUAACAAUAAGUCUUAGAGAGCAACAUAAGCUAUUUGAGUAACUUGAAAUGUUUGAAGUUGUUAUACCUAUUUUAAGACUAAACAAGUAAGCAAAUACAAUGUGACUACAAAGUAGUCUGCUUUGAUACAAUUUGUAGGAAACACUUUAGACUACCUAGAAAAUACACCAGCAAGCUUGAGGUGAGCACACGACCUCAGCAAGAAAAGGAUGCAUCAAAGAUGAGAGACGAUGCACAGGUCUUACCAAAUGUUAUUUUGUCCCCUACACCCACAGAGAUCCCCUGUAUUUAUGUAGUAUGAAAAAUCUCUAUAUCUAUGUAGUGCGCUAUAGAGUUUACAUCCUUUAUAUUUUUACAUCAGAGACUCAAGCUGCCUGUACACCAGUUGUUUGCCUUAGAAACCACAGUAAUGACAAGCUACGAGCCAGAGUAGAUGGUGCCUUUGCAAAAUAAGUUGAGUUGGAUGUACAUUUUUGAACUCUGGGAAGAAACACCUGAUGAGGGUUACGUAACACUCUCAAAGUUUUGAGCACAGGACUUUUAGUAUUUCCCAACUGGAUUGAUUAGUUUCCAAGCGUUUCCAUGGUGAUCACAUCAUCUGUGGAAGACAAGACUGUGCCCCCCUGCAGGAUGGUCCAACCGGACCCUUGGAUGACCUCUGGCCUUCUCCGGAAGAACAAGAGUGCAAGCAGCUCAGGAUGUCCUGCCACCUCCUCUUCGUCCUCCUCCUCUUCCUCCUCCUCCUCCUCCUCCACUGCCCAGGGAUUCUCCCUCGCUGAGCCAGCCAUGACCAGCCAGCACACACACCCACACCCCUCCUUCAGCUCCAUCCACUCCAUGGCCGAGCAGCAGCAGGUGCUGUCUGAUAUGACCAUACUGCAGCGGAGGAUACCCCCUAGUUUCAGAGACCCUGCCAGUGCGCCCCUACGCAAACUGUCUGUGGACCUCAUCAAGACCUACAAGCACAUAAAUGAGGUGUACUAUACUAAGAAGAAGAGGCGGGCUCAGCAGGUCCCCCCGGAGGACAGCAGCACCAAGAAGGAGAGGAAAGUCUACAACGACGGUUACGAUGACGACAACUACGACUACAUCGUGAAGAACGGAGAGAAGUGGCUGGACCGCUACGAGAUCGACUCUCUCAUCGGGAAGGGCUCUUUUGGACAGGUGGUGAAGGCCUAUGACCACCACGAGCAGGAGUGGGUCGCCAUCAAGAUUAUCAAGAACAAAAAGGCUUUUCUAAACCAGGCACAGAUAGAGCUGCGGCUGCUGGAGCUCAUGAACAAGCAUGACACGGAGAUGAAAUAUUACAUAGUCCACCUGAAGCGUCACUUUAUGUUUAGGAAUCAUUUGUGUUUGGUUUUUGAGCUGUUGAGCUACAACUUGUAUGAUUUGUUACGGAACACCAACUUCAGAGGAGUGUCCCUGAACCUCACCCGGAAGUUUGCACAGCAGCUCUGCACAGCUUUGUUAUUCUUAGCCACGCCUGAGCUGUCAAUCAUUCACUGCGACCUGAAACCAGAGAACAUCCUGCUGUGUAAUCCCAAGAGAUCCGCCAUCAAGAUCGUAGACUUUGGCUCAUCGUGCCAGCUGGGACAGAGGAUUUACCAGUACAUUCAGAGCCGCUUCUACCGCUCUCCUGAGGUGCUGCUAGGCAUGCCGUACGACCUGGCUAUCGACAUGUGGUCCCUGGGCUGCAUCCUGGUGGAGAUGCACACAGGAGAGCCUCUCUUCAGCGGCUCCAAUGAGGUGGACCAGAUGAACAAGAUUGUGGAGGUGCUGGGGGUUCCUCCCAGCCACAUGCUCGAUGCAGCACCCAAAGCCAGGAAGUAUUUUGACAAGCUGUCGGAUGGUCUGUGGACUGUGAAGAAGAACAAAGACAUAAAAAAGGAGUACAAACCUCCUGCCACGCGACGCCUUCAUGAGAUUUUAGGCGUAGAGACUGGGGGCCCUGGGGGCCGCAGGGCAGGAGAGCCUGGCCACGCCCCAUGUGACUAUCUCAAGUUCAAAGAUCUGAUCCUGCGUAUGCUCGACUACGACCCCAAAAGCCGCAUCACACCAUUCUAUGCUCUCCAACACAACUUCUUCAAGAAGACCACAGACGAGGGAACCAACACGAGCUCCUCCACCUCCACUUCUCCUGCCAUGGACCACUCCCACUCCACCUCCACCACCAGCUCCGUGUCCAGCUCCGGUGGCUCCAGUGGUUCUUCCAAUGACAACCGCAACUACCGCUACAGUAACCGCUACUACAACUCUGCUGUGACGCACUCGGACUACGAGAUGACCAGCCCUCAGGCCCCCUCUCAGACCCAGAUGAGGAUGUGGCCGGGCAGUGACAGUGGGGUUGGGGGUCAGGACGCAGCCUACACGCAGCUGCUCCUACAUAAACCCGCCGCAUCCCAGCAGCACCAGCGCCACUUCCUGGACGCUCCGCACCACCCCCACCCCUCUUACCCGCACCACAGUAACGGCGGCCGGGGUCCCCGACAGAGCGGCCAGGGCGGAGGGGGGCCGGGCUCCCCGCAGAUGAGCGACAGCAUGGAUGUGGGCGUGUCUCUGGGGCUGCACCACCUGGGGGCGGUGUCUUCAGUGGACGCCUCUCAGUUUGGCUCGGCCUCUCUGCCACUGGGUCUGCCCAUCGGACUGUCCGCCUUCCGGACUCGGACGGCCCCCAACGCCCCUGGGCCUCAAGCCCCACCCCCCGAGGACUACUACCCCGCCUCCAACAACAAUAACCCCGCGGCGCCUGGGGGGGGCAGGGCCAGGCCGGACUCAGACGAGGGGCCCGCCAACUCCUGAUAAACCCUGAACCAUGCCCUAAAGCCAUACCCCCACAUCCCGCCCAGUUCAGAGACACUUUGCUUUGUGCUGACCCCGUGGUGUGCAUGAGAGGAGGAGCAGGAGCUUUUGUUGUGAUUGUACUCAAAGGAAUGGCUGUGACCAGUUAGUUUCCUUCAUAUUCUUGUUGUUGACUCUGAGUUGAUUUCUGUGUUUGAGGAGUUGUGUGUUCUCAUUGGUUGAUGCCUGGAGAGGAGGCGGAGAGAGAAGUGUCCAUGCCGAGUGCAGCUCAUGGCUUCUUUCCUUUUGUCGCCUUGACCUUGUUUCACAUCUUUCUUAUGUUCACUUCAACUGGUGCACUCCAUUCUGACUUCUGUUAAUCAUGCUCAGUGUGACUACUGUACAUUAUUUAUUACUCACAAUCAGAGACCUCAGUGAUCUCUCAGUGACCCUUCAGUGACCCCCAAAGACACUGUAGUGGUUCCUAUAGUGAUCACUGUGGUGGACAUGGUAGUGGACACUGUGGUGGUCCCUAUAGUGCUCACUGUGGUGGACACUGUGGUGGUCCCUAUAGUGCUCACUGCGGUGGUCCCUAUAGUGCUCACUAUGGUGGACACUGGUGGACACUGCGGUGGUCCCUAUAGUGGUCCCUAUAGUGAUCACUAUGGUGGACACUAGCUGUCCCUGUAGUGGACACUGGUGGAGCCAUGCGUGCGUGCAUUGGGCAGUGUGGCCGGGAACCCGCUCUUCUCGUCUCCUCCUCCUGCUGUCCUCCUCCAGACAGCUCCUCCUCUCUGUGCUGCUAAUCACCAUGACGACUGGUCCGGAUUGCUGCUAACGACACAACACAGAUCAAUAAAGAUACUAGAAAAGAGAUGGAGUGCUACAGAACUCUUGAACCUUUCCGCUUGAGAGAAAAGGAGACGUAAGAACCACUGCAUCUCAAUGUAUUUAUUACUAUUUAACAAGAACAAGUCAAAGUAACCCUUUUUUCUGCUCUUCUAUGUUUGGUUGCCUUCUUUCAGCAGGUGAGCUCUGAUUGGCUAUUGUAAUAGUGACAGUUACUGGUGACAGGGGAAUGCCACUGGUUUGGGGUGGGCCGAGGGAUGGGGUGGGCUCAAAUAAAAGUUGGAUAUAUAAUAAGAAUAAGAAUAAAGAGUAUACUUUUGCACACCAAAGUAAA